AGGUGGCGCAAUAUAAAAUUACGACAGCUACUUCCGCCGCUGAAGCGGAAGUGACAUAACGCCACACUUGUGCGCUUCUCCACGUGUGAGAGCAUUUCAUUCACAUUGGCAGAUCAGCAGCUUAGUCAUGAAACGACCAAAGUUGAGGAAAGCGAGUAAGCGGUUGUCGUGUUCCAAACGUUUUAAAAUACAGAAAAAGGUCCGAGAGCACAACAGAAAGCUCAAAAAGGAGGCAAAGAAGAAAGGACUGAGCAAACGGUCGAAAAAGGAUCCCGGAGUGCCCAGCAGUGCCCCCUUUAAAGAGGAGGUGCUCAGGGAGGCAGAGGAGAGGAGGCUACAGAUUUUAGAGGAAAAAGAAAAAAUAAAACAGGCUAAAAAAGAGGAGCGAGCGAAGAAGAGGAAGAAUGAAAAGGAGGCUGCAAGUAAAGAAACAGAACCGAAGGCCAAAAAAGCCCGUAAAGAGGAAGGGAAGUCUUCAGAUAAACGGGAUGCAUCAGGCAAAAGCUCAGAACGAUUCCUUUGUGCCGAAUUAAACAAGGUAAUUGAUGCAUCUGAUGUAGUAAUAGAAGUCCUUGACGCACGGGACCCGCUGGGGUGCAGGUGUCCACAGCUGGAGGAGGCUGUGCUUCAGAGGGAAGGCAACAAGAAACUCCUUUUGGUUUUGAACAAAAUAGAUCUUGUACCAAAGGCAAAUGUGGAGAAGUGGAUUAAUUGUUUACAAGAAGACUUUCCAGUUGUGGCCUUCAAAGCAUCAACACAGAUUCGAGACAAAACAGUGAAAGAAAAGAAGAAGAGGAGGAGGAUAGUGCCCUCCAAUGAAAUUCUAGACAGUUCUAAAAGAGCAGUCUGCUUUGGGAAGACCUGUCUCACUGAACUGCUUGCAAGUUACGCUUCUGCUAACAUCAACACAGACAAUCAGCCUUUUCUCAGAGUGGGUGUAGUUGGCUUUCCUAAUGUGGGGAAGAGCAGUCUCAUCAACAGUAUGAAGGAGGUUCUGGCCUGCAAAGUUGAUGUGAAGAGAGGCAGCACAAGAUCAAUGCAGGAGGUGCAUAUAUUGAAGAACGUGAAGUUAAUAGACAGCCCAGGAAUCGUGGCUUCAGCAUCCAACCCAGCAGUCUCUAUGGCUCUGAGGAGCCUGCAGGUGGAGGAGGGCAGGGAAAGUGUGCUGGAAGCUGUCAGGAGUCUUCUUAAGCAGUGUGAUAAGACCCAGAUAAUGCUCCAGUACAAUGUUCCAGACUUCCGAAACUCACUGGAAUUCCUGACCCUAUUUGCCAAAAGGAGGAAUGAUCUGCAGAAGGGUGGCGUGCCUAACACUGAGAAGGCAGCCGUUCUUUUCCUUGCUGAUUGGACAGGAGCCAAGCUGAGCUACCACAUCAAAGCACCAGAGACCAUUAGCCGUCCUGCCUACCUGUCUGACGCUGUGGUCACUGAAAUGCAGAAAGGGUGGGAUCUAAACAAAUUGAAAACAGGGAAUGAGGAUACUCUGAAGGGUGUAAAAUUCCCAAACCAAGCCAGCAGUAUAGGUUUCAUCUCCAAGGGCCCAACUGCAGGCCUGCUGAAUGUCAGUGGUGCAUCAGAGGACAAACCUGGCACGGCUGCCUCAGAGAGUGAAGCAGUGAAGGAUGAGCCUGAACAAACUGGCAAUGAGGAAAAUACAACAGAAGAACUAGAGAUGCCACAAAAGAAAUCUCUCAAAGUGAAACCUGGGAAAGUGCAGUUUCAUCCUGUCCCCAUGGACAUCAGCUUAUCUACAGUUGUCACUGAUGACGCCUAUGACUUCAACACAGACUUUAAAUGAGCCUACAACAGAUGUUUGUCCUGCCAGUUGACUAAUUAAACAAAAACUAUCGUUUGGUG